CGCCAUUAUCCCUGCAGGAUGUAGAUUGAGUAGUUAUUUACCAACAAGGUUAGAUAGCUAGCAUAAAUAAGCAAUUUUAUGGGACCGAUGGAAAGAGGCUAUGCUAUGAGUCUAUUUAAUAAUGCAGUAAGCCCUGUAGGUAGGAUAUAGUUGUGCUUUGGUGAGUUCGUUAACGCUAGCUAGCUAAAUAACUUACUCCUCGCUUAUAAAAGCAAACAACAACUCUGAAGCAAUAUAAGUUAACCUAGCUUUCCAGUGAAACUUCGCUAGUCUAGCUGGAUAUACCCAGACUUCAUAUGAGUGAAUAACCUAUGUGCUUAAAUAUCUCGCAAUUUUUAAAACUAAUUACAUACGCUCAUUUUGGUAAUGAGCAAGUUAGUUAACUAACAUUAACACUAGCUACCUUUAUGGCUACCUAUGUGGCCUAUUUAUAACGUGCUUUAGCUAGCUAGCCAAGUUAACGAGAAAGUUAACUUCGCUCUUGUCAGCGCCGGGGACGGACUUCAAAAACAUUUCGGUGCGUGUCACUGUCCAUGAGUAACCUUUGAGUCCCAAAGGCAGCUGUGGGUGGCGUAGAUUUAUGCUGAGCUAACUGUCAAGAUCAGGACAGAUAGCGACUUCUUCAGUAUCCGUGACAGCUCGGGUUUUGAUAUGGCAGCUCUCUGGAGAUCUUACCAGUCACUGAUGACCAAACGUCCAUGGACUGUUCAAAUUGUAACAGCUGGCUGUCUGGUGGGAGUUGGAGAUGUCAUCUCCCAGCAGCUGAUCGAGCACCGUGGCUGGGCCAACCACAGCAUGAUACGCACCACCAAGAUGAUGGGCAUUGGCUUCUUCUUUGUUGGACCAGUUGUUGGAGGAUGGUACAAGGUAUUAGACAAAUUAGUUGCAGGGGGGACCAAAACUGCUGCAAUGAAGAAAAUGCUAGUUGACCAGGUGGGAUUCGCUCCAUGUUUUCUUGGUGCAUUCCUAGGAAUUUCUGGAACGCUCAAUGGACUAACUGUGGAACAGAACAUAGCCAAGCUCAAGAGGGACUAUUUUGAUGCUUUAAUCUCCAAUUACUAUCUGUGGCCUGCUGUUCAGAUUGGCAAUUUUUAUUUCAUUCCACUUCAUCACAGAUUAGCUGUUGUCCAGAUUGUUGCCGUUGUCUGGAAUUCCUACCUGUCCUGGAAAGCCAAUAAGAUGUAGUGAAAUUAUGUUGUCCCUUGUAUGUCCUAUGGGAAAACGUACCAUUGUUGGAAUUUGUUGACCAGUAUGGUCACAGGAGUCAGGAAUAAAUCUCAGUAUGUAACAGGAAAUGAGCAUAAUAUAGUUUACUUUCAUUCCAAGCUGUAGUUCUGUAAAGUUGUACAAGUUCAUUAUUUUUGAUUACCCAUGAAAGUAGCUAUACUCAUUUUUGUAAUUAAAUAACCUGUAAUCUUACUUUUUAGUACAUUGCUGUUUCAGUAUUAUUUAACAAAAGUGAUGUCAGUUGUCUCUAGAUAGGUACUACUGUAAACUGCAAAUUGAGAAAUAGAGUAUGUUCUUUUGAGUAUGGAUCCUUUUUUAGGAAACAGGAUUUAGGUUAAAUUUUAAGAAAAUAUACCCAUAAACUAUAUGCUAUUUUUUAGGUUCUUACUUUUCUUUGAUUUAAGGGUGUGUUUGGGGAUUUUUUUGAUUUUUUUUGCAUGAGAGAGAAUAAAUAUAUUGUUUCAACCUUAA